AUGGUCUGUGAGGCUCGAUUCUGGUCGCCGUUGUGCUUUGUUUCGCAGUUUAUAAAUAAAUAAUAGUUUUCUGUUUAUUCCACUUUAAUUUGAUUAUCUAGCAAUAAUUAAAUAUGCUGUUUUAGAUAUUUUUCUAGUUUUUAUAAAAAUGGACGAAUUGCGAGAAUUUUUUAACAGUCCUUGCCCAUCGAGCGCUCAAGUUAUUAAACUUCGAGGGCCUAUGACGGGCGGCCUCAGAUUGACCAAAGAAGACACAAUAAAUCUUUUGAAUCGGCGUGAGGAGCACCGCCACUCCAUAGUUCCCAGUGGGACUGACUACGCCCGCGAAAUUAAGGAGAAAGAAACUAAUCUUUAUCUCAGGAAUGAGAUAGAAAGAGAUAAAUGGGAGAGUCAUUCUGGUGGAUUAGAAUCUCUUGAACAACUGUCAUCAUGGGGGGCUUCACUUCAGAACUUUGGGGAGUUAACGGAAGAGGCAAUGACAGAGGUGUACAAUAAAUAUUCAUUUCAGAGGAAGGAGGAUACUAAUAAUUUGGCUAUUAAUGAAUAUAAACAACAGAUUCUAGACCGUAUAUGUGGUUUCCCUGUGGUAAUCAUAGAAGGUCCCACAGGAUGUGGUAAGACAACUCAAGUGCCACAGUGGAUAUUAGACAGUUGCUAUCAGAAUCGGAAGCCAUGCAAGAUCAUAGUAACCCAGCCCAGACGUAUUGCUGCAAUAUCGAUCGCUAAGAGAGUUGCACAGGAACGGGGAUGGGAUGUUGGGGGGCUUGUUGGAUAUCAGGUUGGAUUGGACAACAAAACAUCGUCGGACACCAGAAUUCAUUACGUUACUACAGGUGUUUUAUUGCAAAAACUAGUUGCUUCAAAGACUAUGAAUGAAUAUACUCACAUAAUUCUGGAUGAAGUUCACGAAAGAGGCCAAGAAAUGGACUUCCUACUUCUUGUUGUGAAACGAUUGCUCUACACUGUGUCCCCAGGAGUCAAAGUUGUUCUAAUGUCAGCUACCUUCAAUAGGAAAGCUUUUGCCGAUUAUUUCCUUAUACCGACACCUAAAGGACUCCAAAUGUCAUCCUGCAUUAAAGUGACAAAGAAUGAACAAAUGUUUACAGUGAAAACUUUUUACUUGAACCACUUAAGCAAGUUUGGAUCGAUUUUGCAAAAUUCUACACCAAAGAAGGGUGAGCCCGGCAUCGCUCCUGAAAUGUAUCAUCUUGUGAUAAAAUUAUUGAAUGCUUUUGAACAAAUUGAUAAACAGGAAGACAAUUAUACAGACAGAUCUAACGCAGAGUUGCCCUCAGUUCUGAUUUUCUUGCCGGGUAUUAACGAAAUUGAAGAACUUUAUAACUGUUUGAUGGACACUGCAUUGAGGAAGAAAAUUGGAGAUGUCGAGUGUGCUCAGUACAACUGGCACGUUUUGCCAUUACAUUCGACCAUAACUGCUGACGAGCAAGUGCGAGUUUUCCACCGAGCGCCGCCCGGCGCCCGCAAGAUUAUACUUGCCACUAACAUCGCCGAGAGCUCCAUUACAGUACCCGACAUUAAAUAUGUGGUCGAUUUCUGCUUGAUGAAGAUCCUAGUGGCAGAUGAGAACACUAACUUUACGUCGCUGCAACUAGCGUGGGCUUCGAAGACCAACUGUGAGCAGCGAGCCGGCCGCGCUGGACGUGUGCGUGACGGCCGCGUAUACAGACUCGUCACAGAUAAAUUCUAUGAUACAUUUUCUCAAGAAUGUCCACCUGAGAUAGUUCGUUGUCCAUUAGAGCGGUUGGUUCUAUUGGCUAAGAUGUUAGACAUGGGUCCGCCCAGCGAUGUGCUCGCUUUAGCCAUGGACCCGCCAGACAUGUCCAAUAUUCAUCGCACUAUACUCGUGCUCAAAGAGAUGGGUGCCAUGAAGAAAUUAUCGGAUGGUGAGUGGUGUCCGUCAGACGGAGAUUUGACUUAUCUCGGUCGUGUGAUGGCAAAGUUGCCCAUAGACGUGCGAGUCUCCAAGCUCAUCAUGCUUGGAUACAUAUUUGGUUGUCUCGACGAAUGUAUUAUCAUGGCUGCUGCAAUGUCCGUGAAGAAUCUAUUUAACAGUCCAUUCCGUGAAAGGCUUAAUGCUUACAAUUCUAAACUGACAUGGGCUGACGGAUCAACGAGUGACUGCAUAGCUUUCCUUAAUGUGUACAAGGUGUGGAAUCAUCUCCGUCAGCAGCAAUAUUUCAAGCAACAAGGCCACAACGAGGGCCAAUGGGCACGUAGAUUCUACGUACAAGUGCGCGCGCUCAGAGAUCUCGAUGAUUUAGUGCGUGAGUUGCGCAUGCGACUAUCGCGUGAAGGCAUCGAGUCAUUCAAGGGCCCUUCACCCUGGGAUAAAAAUGAGCUGUCCUUGGCUCUCAAGGUUAUAAUAGCGGGCGCUUUCUAUCCACAAUACUUCGUGCAAGCGACGCAAGAUGAGGCGCGCGAGCGUGAAGCAGUCCGUAUUCUCGGCGGUCACGAUCCAAGGAAUACGGUGUAUCUUCAGAAUUUCCCAGACCAUCAACCUGGUCAGGUGUACGCGGCCGCCAUCAAGAACAUUGUACGUCAACAUGUAGGCGACGAACCGCGUGUCACUUUCGACAAAAACAGCCGGAAAGUUUAUUUGACGUUCAAGGAAAAUCAACUUUUCAGACGCGACAAAAACAAUAGCGGUGACCCAACUAUUCCUGGACAAGUGGUGCUUCCAGUGUACAAAGCGAUCAAAGCGCGUCAUCUUAAAAUGGACAUCAGAAUAGCUUUGUUGCCGGUAGAGAAAGCCAACGCUUUGGCUGCCAUGCUUGAGACGACCAAAUCCGAACUCGACAUUGCAAAAAUGGUUCCGCGCCUUCCCGAUGUGGAUGACACUCAUUUCCCCCUCAAAAUAUCACACAGGAUCAGCGUGAGCAGCUUCUGGGUGCAGUACGACGACGAGUCUACCACCAGCGACCUGAUGCAGAUACGCGCGGCGCUGGGCGGGGCGCGGCUGCUGGCCCACACUGGGCCGGUGUGCGCGGGCGACGUGUACGCGGCGCCGCGGGCGGACGCGCGGCCCACCCUCCCGUAUAGAGUGCGCGUGCACCGGAUGCUGCCCAGAGACAUGGUCGAGGUGCUGUACAUAGAUUUCGGUUUCUAUGGUCGCGUUAACAUCUGUAAUUUACAUACGUUGCCAAUGGGCGUUUGCAAAACUUUACCGCCGCUAGCUAUGCAAUGCGCCCUCGCUGAAGUGGCUCCAUCACCGUUACUCGAACCACACGCGCAAUGGACACGGCACGCUGAUAAUUUCUUCACUGACAUCACCAGACAUGGUCGCCUGCUCGGCAAGGUAUAUUCUGUUACUCAUGGCGUGGUCUCCAUCGAGUUAUUAGCCGAUGGAGGAAAGUUAAGUGUCAAUAAAGAGUUGGUGAAGCGGGGAUAUGCUGUGCCCUGUGAAGAAAGCUACGAUUCUAAGUUGAAUCACGACCUUCGGCAACAAGCUAUAGAUUUGAAUAUGGCACAAAAGCGGGCUUAUAAUAAAGAACAGGCUGAGACCGCCUUCUACCAACUGCGGGAAAUUGAGCCGCCUAAUUCGAAAGACUGUGUCAGUGACGUUGCCUUGAAGGGACCUUUCAGCCCCCUGGAAACAGUUCUGCACAAUCUGAUGUACGCUAGCCGUGAGAAGCAGGUCUCGAUUGAAUGGCAUUCUGUCAACUCCGUCCUGUUGGAUACUGAGCCACAAGAAGUUUAUGAAAGAUUGGUGGUCGCGUGCGAUGUAGGACAGAACGAAACUAGCAGUAAGCUGACUCUGCGUCACACCACGCUCAUGCCAAACAUACCGGGCCUGCCCGCUAUCAUAGCAUUGCUCUUCUGUCCAGUUGCGGAGUUGCGUCGCGACGUGUGCGGUACACGUUACGUGAGCACGUUGUGCGGCCUGGGCAGUACGGAUACGGGCGCGCCGUACUUCCCCGAACACGAUCUACUGGUCGGCAUCGACGCUGAUCUGCACGUCGAGGAUAUCGGCCUGAUCAAUCAUAUCCGUCACUUGAUGGACUAUAUGAUGUACUGCGGCGACGGACAGGACGUGCCCACUGCUGACGACGAGGCGCGGCCACAAGUACCCGCCACCAUCAGAAAAGACUUGAUGAGCCUAUUGAUGAAACGUCGUAAACAUCGCGAGAUGCAGACUGUGAUAAAUGCUUGGGAAUGGAAGUCGGUGCCGGAGGACGAGUUACUGGAGAUAUCCGUUCCCGAUAUGGUGGAGCGGGCGAUCGUGUUCCCUCUUCACACACCGCAAGAGUUAUAUCCUAUACCUAGAGAGAAACUGUUGCAGUUAAAGAGAGAGAACGACCAACUAGCGAUACUCGUUAGCAGGACUUCUAUAUCGUCAAGCCAGGAGCUCCAGUGCAAACUUUGCAACACGGGCAUGAUGCCGAUGCACACUAUGCGAAUCCACCUUUAUUCGAACGCGCACAAAGAGAAAGAAGACGACCUACGUAUGUUCCAGUCAUAAAAUAUUACAUUUAUGGAUGGAAUAUCAAAUAUUCCAUUAUUUUUUUCAUAGAUUUAGUUUUUGAUUCGCCAUUUUAUUAUUAUAUCAUUUAAGAGUUUAAGUACUGAAUUAUAGGAACGAUACACUUUGAUCUGAGAUAAUUAUCAAAACUAAAUUAGUAAAUCAUCAACGUUAAAACUUUUAGUUUGUUUUGUUUUUCUUGUAUUUUUCACAUUGAUUUAUUUAGAUACAUGUAUGUACUUAGUUAUUUUAAACGUAUUAGUAUACGAGUGUUUCGUUUAUGAAUAAAAUUUUUGUUUUUUUUUUUUUGUUUUCUUAUUCUAGUGCAGAUAAAUUUUUUGGUUUUUUUGAUUUUCUAUGACAUUUCGUGUUCAAAUUCUGUAACAUGAAGAUGUUAUGCUACAUUUACUUGUUCCUUACUAGACAUUCAAAAUAUAAAAAUUGGAUUAUUGUUUAAGUGUACAAAUAAGUAUAAGAACUUUGUAAUUUUUUCAUUGUUAUAACAAAUAUAGAAGAAAUAUAACU